AUGCGUCGCUCUGUGGUUGGCUGGGUGCGAGUUGCAAACGAAGAUUGGCACAGCACUAUGAGCCGGAAACACAGACUGACUGCAGCGUUACACAUACACUGGUCUGGCCAACUUGCACGACGUCAGUACAACUUCACUUUCCAACUGUUGCGAAUUCCCAAUUGGGCCGCGGCCGUUGUUAAAUGGUGUCCAGAAAGCAACUGGCAAGAACAUUUUGCUUUACAACUACAUCGUCGACCUGGUCGCCCGACUCCGGAAUUUGCAGCCUAUGAUUUUCCAGCGGUGAAUACGUGGACUGAUCUUGUGCAAGCGGCCGUCGGCACCACUGCCCUUGGCCCGGCGCCCUGCAUCUCGGCAGGCUCGGGCUUCGCGCCGCUGCCGCUGGACCGAGUCCUAGAGCCGGGCGUAAGUGCGGCAACUAGGGAUGGGGUCGCACUUGCGGUGGCGCAGUGCCGCAAGCUCGCACGGGAUCGCGAGCUCACCCGCGAGGGCCCACAUCGCUUAUGCGUUCUAGCCGCUGAAAUCGUGGGGUGCUGA